AUGUCUGUCUCAAACUCCGCUAAGUCGCUCAUCCCUAGCGACCCGUCCAAGGUCAUGGUCAUUCGCGACGUGCAUCACACAAUCACCACUUUUUCUACGCCUUUCCUCCGCUUCGGGCGCAUCAAGAUCGGCGGUCGCGGCACUCUCGUCAAGCUACAGUCCGGCUCCCUGGCCAUCUUUUCCCCUGUCGCUCUGACCGACGAAGUCAAGUCCACCAUCGCCAGUAAAGGCGGCGCUGUUCGAUACAUCGUUGCGCCCGACAUCGAGCACCACAUCUUCGUGACGCCCUGGGCGCACGCCUACCCAGAUGCCGAGGUCAUCGGCGUGGAGGGUCUUCCCGAGAAACGCGAAGGCGAUGCGGCGACCAAGGGCGUCAAGUUCCACCACGUCUUUUCUGCGAGCAACAAGCGCGAUCUAAAGGUUAGCCCGGAGUUCGACUCGGAAUUCGAGGUUGAGUAUUUCCACAGCCAUCAGAAUAAGGAACUAGCGGUGUUGCACAAGCCCAGUAGGACACUGAUUGAGGCGGAUUUGUUGUUCAACUUGCCGGCGACGGAGCAGUUCAGUAAGAGCGGUACGGCGGCGACUUCGGGCAUAUUGACCAAGCUGUUUGGAGGAAUAAUGAAUACGAGAGGCAACAUGGCGUGGCAGAAGCGUGCAACGUGGUAUGGACCUGGAAGCAGUGACAGAGCGGCCUUCGGAGAGAGCGCGCGGAGAGUGAGCGGCUGGGACUUUGAUCGUAUUGUGCCGUGUCAUGGAGAUGUAAUCGAAACGGGAGGGAAGGCGAAAUGGGACACCCUGUUCAGCUGGUUCAUGGAGGUCAAAAAGUGA